CGCAUCCGCAGAAACGAUCAAGGUCGUGCUCACAAAGCAUCACGGGAACGUAUCGGAUUCUCCCUGUGACUGUGUGUGUCAUUGGCAAGUUGUCACGAGUUUUAGGACGCAAAAGAUGCGGCGUUACGAAUAAAUGAAAUCUCGCGAACAGCUGGAAGAGGAGGAGGAGGAAGAUCGAGGGGGAAAAAAAGAAGCAAGGGGUUGAUCACUGAUCAUUUGCUGUUAUUGGCUGCAGCAAAUCUUUUUACGUCAAAGGGGGGGCAACGUGAGAAUAGCCACGUAUUCACAGUGCGACAUAUACACACACACACACACACACACACGCUCGCGCGCACGCACGCACUAGCACGGAAAUACUAUAGAGGAGCGUCAGUGGAGGGCAGAGGCGCGCGCAGGAACGGAGAGCUCGCGACAUCCAGGAAAGCCUGAUUGUAUUCAGAAUCGGAACCUGCGUGCCAAACUGCUCGUUCACAAAAUCAGCCACUCCCAUUUUACUGAAACAUGGAGGGGGAGAAGAAUGAAGUGACAUGCUAUCUCCUGUUUUCAAUGGCUACGGCUGUUAUCGGCUCUCUGCAGUUUGGCUACAACACAGGGGUCAUCAAUGCGCCUGAGCAGAAACUGCGUGCUUUCUUUAACAACACAUGGAUGGACCGUUAUGGAAAGCCCAUCGAGCCUGGAAUGUGCACCAUCGUGUGGAGUCUCUCAGUGGCUAUCUUCAGCGUGGGAGGAAUGGUGGGAUCCUUCAGUGUUGGCGUCCUUGCCAACAAGUUUGGGCGACGCAAUUCUAUGUUUUUGGUGAAUAUCUUGGCCGUGAUUGGUGGAGGACUCAUGGGUCUUAGCACUAUUUUUUCUUCUUUUGAGAUGGUUAUUGCUGGCCGCUUGAUUAUUGGCCUUUUCUGUGGCCUUUUCACUGGUCUCACCCCUAUGUAUGUGGGGGAAGUUUCACCAACACCACUCCGGGGAGCCUUUGGGACACUACACCAGCUGGGCGUGGUUAUAGGCAUCUUGGUUGCGCAGAUCUUUGGCCUGGAGUUUCUGCUGGGCUCAGAUAAAUUGUGGCCUGUGCUGCUGUCUUUGACUGCCAUCCCUGCUGUACUACAAUGUAUGCUGCUACCCUUCUGCCCUGAGAGUCCACGCUAUCUCCUCAUUAACCUCAAUAAAGAGGAACAGGCUCGCAAAGUACUGGUACGUCUCCGUGGCUGUGAGGAUGUGUCAAAAGACAUGCAGGAGAUGAAGGAAGAAAGUGUGAAAAUGAACAUGGAGAAAAAAGUGACCAUUCCAGAGCUCUUCCGUACUUCCACAUACCGUCAGCCGCUUCUCGUUGCUGUCAUGCUUCAGCUCUCCCAGCAACUGUCAGGGAUCAAUGCUGUGUUUUACUACUCAACGGGUAUUUUUGAGUCUGCUGGAGUGACCAAGCCAAUAUAUGCUACCAUCGGUGCUGGAGUUGUGAACACUGUUUUUACUGUGGUAUCUCUCUUCCUUGUUGAAAGAGCCGGACGAAGGACUUUACACCUUAUUGGCUUGGGUGGCAUGGCAAUCAGUGCCCUGUUAAUGACUAUCACCCUCCUACUGGACUACAUCCCAAAUCUGAACUACCUGAGCAUUUUGGCAGUGUUUGGCUUUGUGGCUAUGUUUGAGAUGGGUCCAGGACCCAUUCCAUGGUUUAUUGUUGCUGAGCUUUUCUCCCAAGGACCACGACCUGCUGCAAUGGCCGUUGCAGGAUGCUCCAACUGGACGGCCAACUUCCUUGUGGGCAUCAGUUUCCCAAAACUAAGUGAACUGUGCGGGCCAUAUGUUUUUAUCAUCUUCAUGAUCUUCCUCAUCUUCUUCUUCGUCUUUACAUUCUUCCGUGUUCCUGAGACCAAGGGUCGGACCUUUGAGGAGAUUUCUCAAGGCUUUAGCGGCGUUCCAGCUCCUCCAAGCACCAGUGUACAGGAGGUUGAAGUGGUCACAGUGCCUAGUGCUGCAGUAAAAGAAAAAGUCCCAUUGGUGGAAGAGGAUUCUGAAGCAACCGAGAAUCCAAAUUCCUCAGGAAACUUUGCUUUAGAAGCAGCGAGUGGUGAGGAGAAGCCUGAAUCUGCUACACAACCAUUGAUUACAUCCAAUACGAAAGAAAAAGGUGAUACUACUAAACAGGAAGGUGUUUAGCAAAGUGAAAAAAACACAUUUUUUUGAUGUUAGAUAGAAUUGAACACUAUGUCCACAUUGUCAGUAAAAUGUAUCAAAAUUUUUUGAUGGAACACCACAGUUUAAACACGAUUUACUUAUAUGGCAUAUAUAAAUAUUGGAAUGGACUGGACUUUUGGGAAUUUAGUUUCCAACACAAUGCACAUAUUAUACAGAAUAAAUCCUAGUUUAGGUUCAAACUCAUAUAAGGUACUGAUAGCUAAUUUUAGUAAUUAGUUGUUGAUAUCUGAAAAUCCGCUUGGAAAAAAGUACUUAGACUUUGUGUAAAAAUUAUUAUAGAUAUUGAUUAACACCAGGUGUCUAAAGCUCAUUAUAUGGACAAAAGUUUGUCGACGCAUGACCAUAAGAUUCAUAUGUGCUUUUUGAACAUACUGUUCAACAUUUUGUCCCCAUUUGCUAUUAAAAUAGGCUCCAUUCUGCUGGGAAGAUAUUCCUGUACAUUUUGGUGUGUGCUUGUGGAGAUUUGCGCUUAUUCAGCCACAAGAUUCAAUUUACCCUAAAGGUGUUCCAUAGGGUUGAGGUCAGAACUCUAUAGCAUGCCACUCAAGAUCUUCUACAUCAACCUAUGUACACUAUAUCUUCAUGGAGCUGCUUUAGUGGUGAAACAAGUUUGGGUCUCCUAGUUCAAGUGAAAGGAAAAUUAAAUGUUACCACAUCUGAAUACAUCUUAUACAGAUGAGUUUGUAGUACCAGUUUGGUGAUUAACCACAUAAGGCUGGAAAAGCCACGUGUCCCAAUACCUUUGUCUAUAUAGUGUACUUUAUUCUGUAUUCUUCUAAUGGAUAUACUGUAGCAUAUGCUGUAGUACUAACAGUAAGCAUAGACUCAAAAUUUCACACAAGAACAACAGCUGGUAUAGAAUGUGUCCUCUACAAGUAUCAAUAAAUCCUUAGCAAUUGCUGCACUACUACUUAUACAGUUUUUUCUUUUAAAAUUCCAGACAUGAUUAUGGUUGAAUAUGCAGGUUUUUUCCAUGUUUAGUUUUUUUGCCAUAAUAAUAAUUUAAAUGUUUAAAAUGAAUGGCAUUUAGCUUAGAGUGGUUUAUGGUGAAGAAAUGAGUGAAAUCUGAGCUGUUCCUUACUUGCUUAGUGAUGUCCUUGAGUGUACCUGCUCUAUGAAUUUAUUUAAUAAUGUAUAUUUUUAUUUUUGCUGGUCAAUAUAUAUAAAAAAAAGUUAUUGAUAUAUUUGUGUAAAAAUGAAAAAAAGGAUUUAUUGCUGUGCACUUUUAAGUCCCAAGAAAGUUCAAAAAUAUAUAGUGUUUUCCUGUCCUUAUUGUCUAAAAUGUGAAUAUAUUACUAUAUGUCUUUACUUGUCGGGGUUACUGUGCAAUUAAUGUCGGAUUUUUUUCCUUGAAGGCCAAAUUAGUGUGUGUUUUAAAUCUAUGUAAUCUUAUGACAUCCUUCUUAGUCUAACGCAUUAAUUCAGGGGAGCAGAUUACCUAGCAAUUGCUAACUGUAUGUUUUGAGAUGUACUUUUAACUUAAAAUGGAAUCAAAUCUUUAAUCUUUUGGUAAUUCUAUGCCAUAGAACAGGGGUUUUAUCCUUUGUUCAUGUCCAGGAAAAGCAUUCACUUGUUUAAUCAGUUAGUCUCCAAUCAGCUGUCAGGUGUGCCUGCAGAUUGGCUGUAAUAAAAGCCUGGAGCCACGUUGGAACUUUCUGGAUAAAUUGGAGCCCCCUGCAUUGAAUGUAAAGAAAAUAUUACCAAAUAUGAUUCAUACAUUGCCCUACAUGCACUGCAUUAGUGGCUUCUCUGUAAACUCUUGUGUGCAAUACUAUAGAAGUAUUUUGAUAUAAAUGCAUAUUUUAAACAUUAAGUAAAUGUAUCUAUAUGACAGUUCUUAUUGACACUUUAUCUUAAUUCCUCUGCUGCUUCUGCUAGGAAAAAUAUUUGUAUUUAUUUAUUUAUUUGGUUAGUUAUUGUAUUUGAUCUCCCUUUAGUGAACAGUCUACAUUUUUAAAAGCUUAUGUAUGUAACAUAUUGUCCAUCUAAUUAUUGAGUGAAUAAAUAAAUAUAUAAAACA